CUGCAGAAGCUGCUCCGGGGACCGGGUGCGAGGGCGGCUUCGGGCCCGGCGCGGAACGGCGGCGGAACAUUCCUGGCUCCUCUUGAGUCUCUGUCUCGAGGUCUCUGAUGUCUCUGCCUCCUCUGUUCCCCAGCACCGCGGAGGCCGCCGCCCUGGAGCGAGAGCUGCUGGAGGAUUACCGCUUCGGUCGGCAGCAGCUGGUGGAGUUGUGCGGCCAUGCGAGCGCGGUGGCUGUGACCAAGGUGUUCCCCCUGCCGGCUCUCUCCCGGAAGCAGAGGACAGUGCUGGUGGUGUGCGGCCCGGAGCAGAACGGGGCGGUGGGACUGGUCUGUGCCCGGCACCUGCGGGUGUUUGAGUAUGAGCCCACCAUCUUCUACCCCACACGCUCGCUAGACCUGCUGCACCGGGACCUGACCACCCAGUGCGAGAAGAUGGACAUCCCCUUCCUGUCCUACCUGCCCACCGAGGUGCAGCUCAUCAACGAAGCCUACGGGCUGGUGGUGGAUGCUGUGCUGGGCCCCGGCGUGGAGCCCCGCGAGGUCGGGGGCCCCUGCACCCGUGCGCUGGCCACGCUCAAGCUGCUCUCCAUCCCCCUCGUGAGCCUGGACAUCCCCUCAGGCAUGCUGCGGGGGGCAUGUCGCGGUCCGAGGGUCUUGGGGGGCGGCCCCUAUGCUUCCGCCUGUCUGUCUGCUCUGAACCCGUUUCCUCA